AUUGUUUGUAUGCGGCACAGGCUACGCGCCUGGCAGCGCCCCAUAUGCCACCCAACCCCAAUACGCGCCCAGCUAUAUAUGGGCCCGACAGCACCCAUGAAGCAACAGGCUACUACGGCGGUCCGCCACCGGCCGCAGCGCUGACCUACCCGCCGCGGGCACCGACUUACAGCCCCCAUUCUUUGCCGCCUGCUGCCUACCCCCUCGGAGGCGGAGGCGGCAGCGGAGCUGGCGGCAGCUACCCGCCCCCAGGCUACGUGUCGUAUGUUGCGCCGCCGCCGGCGCCGCGGCCACCACUUUACCAACCGCAGCCGCCAGGUGGCGGAGCAGGCAGGUACGGCAGCCCGCUUCCCGGCACGUACCCGCCGGGCGGCGGGGGUGAUGCGGGUGGGGCGGGGGCUGGGGAGUACGGCGGUACUGGGAGCGGACGGUACGGCGGCGGCGGUGAUAACCGGCCGCCGCUGCCGGCUGCAGACGCGCAUCCUGCGCCACGCCCGCCGCUGCGGAUGCCGGCACCCGCACCCGCACCCACACCCGCACCCGCACCAGCGCAUCCUCGGCCUUCCUUCCCCUCCACUCAAGCCGCGUCUCCGUCUCCGCCUCCGCCUCCGUCUCCUCCAUCACCGAUGCCCCCUCCCCUGCCCCUGGACCCAGCGCCGCCUCCUGCCGCACCGGGGGCCCCGGCGGCGCCACAGCCGCCCUGGCCACCCACGCAGUCGCGUCGGCUGGAGGGAGUGCUGCUGUCGACCCCGAGCGACCGCGGCACUGCCUACCUACUACAGGUCAACGCAACCUACCUUGUGGGCAUCACUGCCCCCAGCGGUCAGGUGGUGGAGGCCAUGCUGGCGGCGCAGCUGCGGCCCGGAGCCCCCGUGUGGCUGCAAUGUGCCUUCGAGGCCGUGACGCGUGUGUGCUUCAGCCUGGAAGCGUUGGGGCGGGCGCCGGGGUCAGCAGCGGGCGGAGCGGUGGGCAGCGGCGCCGCCAGCCCGCCGCCGCCGCCUCCGGCGGCGCUGCUUACGGCGGGUUUGGCAGGGUCGCUGCGUGUGAUGGCGGCGUCUGUGUCGCUCAGGUGUGGCCCGGGCGCGGACUGGCCGCCCGGCGGCUCUCUGUCGGAAGUGCGGGCGCAGCUGCACACGGCGGUCGACGCCCUGUCGGGCUGUUCGCGCGGCGCCUUCUCCCCCCAGCUUGACCUGGUGGACCUGCACCUCAGCUGCAGCCGCGACGACGACCGCCAGCUCUUCACCGGCCGCUGCGAUGAGCUGCGGAUGUCGCAAGCCCUCACAGACCGGCUGCAGCAGCAGCUGCAGCCCCUGGGCAACGGCAGUAGCAGUGGUGACGACAGCAGCGGCAGUAGCAGUAGCUACAGUGGCAGUGGGGAUGUGGCGGCCUGGUUGUUCGUGCUGCCACUGGGCGUGGGGUCGUUGUGCAGCUGGCGCGGCGGUGCCGGGGCGUGGUGCUGCUGCCGUCGGAGCCGGGGCGCGGCCUUCACAUGACCUGGGUGGUUGAGCACGAGCUCCUGCACGUGCUUGGGGAGUUGGAGCAUGCCGGCGUGGCCGCUGGCCCCCUGGCCCCCGACACGGACCGCGAGGACGACCGCUCCAGUGCACUGGGCUGCGGCGCCGCUGGCGGUGCGCCGCUGUGCCCGCCACUGGGCGGCGUGUGCCCCAACGCGCCGCAGGUGGCCUCAUUGUGCGGGCGGCUGCCGCGGUUGCUGGGAGUGCUGGGGCGUGGGUUGCACCCCUGCCGCUGCUGAUGCCUGUCCCGCGUUUGCGUGCCCUUCACCUUAUAGUUUGAACCAGGCGGCGGCGUGGUGCGAAUCACCCCCGACUGGCUCACUCCUGCCUCCUACGGCCUCAACCUGUACCUGGCACACCGCCGCGCCCCCACCGCCGCCGCAGCCGCCACAACCGGUAACAGCAGCGCCAGCGGCGGCGCGGUGGAGUCCCCGCCCGCUGGGGCAGCUGUUGCUGAUGCCGAUCUGCCUCCCGCGUAUCGCGGCUGGGGCCUGGUGAUCUUGGCGGGUGGCCGUGCACACUGCCGCUCGGUCUGCCGACGACACGGCGUCCUGGCAGGACCCGCAGUUCAAUCUCCUUGCGACGCUGACCGUGGAUGGUGGCAGCGGCGGCGGCACUGGAGCUGCUACUGCUGGUGCUACUGCUAGUGGUGGUGCUGCUGCGGCCGCACCGCUGCUCGACCUGGUCGCGUGCCGCCUGCUCCUGCGCACCGGCAGAGUGGAGCCGUCAGGCAAUGUCGUGGUGUCACUCUGUCGGUAUGCGACUUCCGCAUCCGAGUGUCAACAGCUGUCGCCGCCACCGCCACCGCCUCCCAGCCCACCCCUGCUU